UUACUGAAUACGCGGGUUGAUGGGAACGCGGGAACCAGCGGUCUUGAUUUCUUUGUCACAUUGGAAAGCGCAACAGGUCGCUGUUAUAGCUUCCUCACCCACCUCCCUCCACUAUCCCCCCCACACACACAAACCGCCUCCAGCAAUCAGGCUGAACAUUUGUUUCUAAAGUUAUAAAUUGAAUAAUUAUCGAACUUUGAUCAGACCCGCGGCCGCGGAGGAGAUGGAGGCGUUCCAGAAAGUCGAGAAAAUCGGAGAGGGGACUUACGGCGUGGUUUACAAAGCGAAACACAAGCAGACUGGCGAGACGGUGGCCCUGAAGAAAAUCCGCCUCGAUACGGAGACGGAGGGAGUCCCCAGUACUGCCAUCAGAGAGAUCUCUCUUCUCAAGGAGCUCAGUCACCCCAACAUUGUCAAGCUGAGUGAUGUGAUCCACACAGAGAAUAAGCUCUACCUCGUCUUCGAGUUUCUGCACCAGGACCUCAAGAAGUUCAUGGACUCCUCCUCCGUCACUGGCAUCCCCCUGCCUCUCAUCAAGAGUUACCUGUUCCAGUUGCUGCAGGGGCUGGCGUUUUGCCACUCUCAUCGAGUUCUCCACAGGGACCUCAAACCUCAGAACCUGCUCAUUAACGCUGAGGGCGCCAUCAAGCUGGCUGACUUUGGCCUGGCACGGGCAUUCGGGGUGCCAGUGCGCACCUACACACAUGAGGUGGUGACUCUGUGGUACAGAGCUCCGGAGAUUCUGCUGGGGUGCAAAUACUACUCGACAGCCGUGGAUAUCUGGAGUCUGGGCUGCAUCUUCGCUGAAAUGGUCACGAGGAGGGCGCUGUUCCCCGGUGAUUCGGAGAUCGACCAGCUUUUCCGGAUAUUCCGCACCCUGGGCACGCCGGACGAGGCAGCGUGGCCGGGGGUCACCUCCAUGCCCGAUUACAAGUCCACCUUCCCCAAGUGGGUGAGGCAGGAGUUCAGCAAGGUGGUGCCAACGCUGGACGAGGAAGGCAGGGAUCUGCUAGCGCAAAUGCUUCACUACGACCCUAAUAAGCGAAUUUCAGCCAAAAACGCGCUAGUGCACAGAUUCUUCCGGGAUGUCACCAUGCCGCUGCCACACUUGCGCCCGUGAGGGACAGACUGACACGGGGGAGGACGGACGGAUGGCGGGAGCAGGACAGUAGCGCCCCCCGGUGGAACUGAAACCACAUAACAAGAUCUUGAGAAUUCGACACCAGCAGUUUAAUUUAUUGUAUAAGCACGAGGAAACCUGGAAUGCCUUUAUCAGAAAGGACUUUAUAAUCUCUGUUUCUUUUAUAUAAUCUACAGUUCAGCUGAAUUCAUUUUACUGAGAAAGCAUUGCUGCAAACCUCUUUGGAUGGGAAAUUGCAAAUGCUGCCACAUUUCUGUCCUGGUUGGGUCUGUGUUACUGGAGUUGAGACGCUGUUUUCUACCUUGUGGUUCUCUUUAGAUUUUAAAGCCAAGUUGCCUUCCAAAAUUUGCAAGCAUUGUGGCUUAUCUUUUAAAAUUGUUGCAGAUUUUAUUAAAAGUGGUAUAUUUGUAAGUUUUCA